CUAUUCCUCCUCUGUCCUAUACACUAACGUUGAUCUUCUUUUAUGGAUUCUCUAUUUGUCCCCAUUCGGACAACUUCCUUAAUUAUUAAUCUAUCUCCUCUCUCAUUGUAUGGCUUUCAGCAUAUUCUUUUGGGUUUCUCUUAUCUACUUUUUAUAUUACUAUAAUGCGAUGAUGACGAAGAACCCAACAUAUUCCCCCCUUGUUCUCGCUGAAAGAUGCGAACUUUCUGUCAAUUGUCCAAUAUUUCUAUGACUGUAUUAUAAUUGAAAGUUUGGAUAACGGCAGUAUUGUGUGUUGGAAAUGUUUGAUUCGAGUCCCAUGUCUUUGUCCAAGUUAGUUAAUAGUUCAGGAAAUAUGCUAUCAAGCAGCUUAUUGAGUUCAAGGCAUUUUACAUGUGUCAAAAGCCCUGCACUAUUGUAUCAUCUCAGAGGCAGUUCUCCAAAGGCAACUUAUCUAAGUGCUUCAAACAAAGUCAUUAGCUCAGUUGGCCAAGAAUGUCCUGAAAAUUUCAGGUACCAUGUUCAUGGAACAAGUUUUUCCGAGUCAAUGAGGGAAAGGAAAGUACUACUUGAUGCUUUUGAUGAUGAGUAUGGAGGAGUUAUUAUAGAUGCAGAGAAAUUACCAUCAAAUCCAAGAGUCUUUGCCUCUGUACUUCAUUCAUCCCUUUCUCACUGGAGAACUCAGGGAAAAGAAGGUGUUUGGCUGAAGUUGCCUGUUCAAAGAUCUGAGCUAGUUCCUAUAGCUGUAGAGGAAGGAUUCGAAUAUCAUCAUGCUGAAAGAGGGUAUGUUAUGAUGACAUAUUGGCUACCCGAAGGACCUAGCUUGCUUCCUGCUAAUGCUUCUCAUCAAGUUGGGGUGGGGGGAUUUGUGAUCAAUGACUACAAUGAGGUGCUUGUAGUACAAGAGAAAUAUUGUGCCCCAGCUCUUGUUGGAUUUUGGAAAUUACCAACAGGUUUCAUUAACGAGUCAGAGGAGAUCUUCUCAGGAGUUGUAAGAGAAGUAAAAGAGGAGACUGGUGUUGAUACUGAAUUUGCUGAAGUUGUGGCGUUCAGGCAUGUUCACAAUGUCGCGUUUGAGAAGUCAGAUUUGUUCUUCAUCUGUAUGCUGAGACCACUGUCAACUCAUAUAUUCAUUGACCAUCUGGAAAUUCAAGCAGCUAAGUGGAUGCCCCUAGUAGAGUUUAUAGAACAGCCACAGAUCCAGGAAGAUAAAAUGUUUAAGAAAAUCAUUGACAUCUGUUUGGCUCGGUUAGGGAAGCGUUAUUGUGGAUUACACGCACAUCGGGUGGUGUCACGGUUUGAUGGAAAGACCUCGUUUUUGUACUAUAACCUGAUCGAGCCACUUGAUGAAAACUGUGCAGCCAGCUAAAGUUCUUUGAUCAUUAUAAGAAGCUCUUCUUUUCCUAGUCCUUUUAUUUGUGGCGGUUUGAGCUGAGAAAUCACGACAAUUCUUUGAUCUGCCAGAUUAAGAUGGUGCACUGUUACAUAAGCUUUUGCCACCAGAAAAUCAGAUGUUGAUAUAUGUAGAAUGUUUAUGUCAAAGUAAAAUUGAAAAUUAAUAGCUGAUUCAAAUAGGUCAAGUAUGUAUAUAAAACCUUCAUUGAGGUAUUAUGUUAUUCUAGUUUAAUGGUUGAAAUGACAUCAUUUGGUUCUAAUUUAAUGGUUGUUUAUUGAAGC